CGAAAGGGAAGCGCAGACCAGCGUUCAAGACGACGGAAGGAAGGAAAGAAAGCGACGGGCUUUUUGUCGAUGUUACACCACACGUGAUUUUUCCCCAAGCGUGCAAUGUGCGUGCGGGCCGCAUGAACCUUGUCAAGGAGUGAGGAGGAAGCAGGAUGAUAGUGGUUGUAGAUUUGGACAUUGACGAGACGAGACUGAAACCGAGCGACAAUCCUGUGUUUUACUGUUGUGUUAUUUCCGCACCCUGGGCUGAGCUCAGCUCUGCACCUCGUCGUUAAGUCGUCGGGGAGAAGAUUCUGUCACCGGAGGCGCAGAGAGUGAGAGACAAUGAGCGUUAUGCAAAAAAAUUGCAGCGUGCAAUUUUUUUGGCGGGGCACAGAAGAGUUGGAUUGCUGCACUUUCGGCGGGAUCAUCGAGCUGGAAGUCUUUUGAUCUCGAAAUUGCAUGUGCGUCGUAGAGUAAUGUAGAUGCUAAAUUCAUGUUGUUGUCGGGGACAACAGGAAGGCGGAAUCAAGAAUAAUUCUCCGUGAAGAGGUUCCGAAAUCUUUGCGUCGACGCACUGUGGGCUGGGAAUUGUCUGCUAUAGAGAAGUUUCGAUAGGCAUCUUGAGGAGCUUCAGGUGCCCCAUAUAUUGGCUAAUUCGCUCAGAGUUGUAAGCAACGCUUGCGUUGCGAGCAACGUCUGCUUUUCUUUGUGAAGGGCUGGAACUGUGCUGGAAGGUUAUGGUGUGAGUUCGAGGUGAACCCUACGGUUUGUUUUUGCCGUUCGAAUUCACGAUGGUGUGGUGCAGCUACUGUGUGAAGGACCAGGCUGCUGAGCUUGACGAAAUUAAUGGUUUCACGUGUUGUACCGGUUGUGGACGAGUAUUAGACGACAAUGUCUAUGGCAGUGACCCCACAUUCACGAAAACGUCUACUGGCCAGAGUCAAGUGGAAGGAAAUUUUGUCCGAGAUGGAGGCAACAGUAUGGGACGACUUGGUGUAAGUGGAGGUCGUAUUCUUGGGUAUCAGUCCGACUCUCAUGAAAAAACGUUGAACAAAGGAAAGAAUGAAAUUCUUGAUAUUCUUGAGCGUCUUUCCAUUCGGCCACGCGACGAUACUGCCACACAAGCCCAUCGGUUUUACACUAUUGCUCUGGAACGUAAUUUCACCAGGGGACGUCGAGUAAAUCAAGUGGCCGCUGCAUGCAUUUACAUAGUAUGCCGGCAGAUGAACAAGCCUUACAUGCUUAUUGACUUCUCCGACUGCCUGCAGACCAAUGUGUAUGUGCUGGGAGCAGUCUUUUUGCAGCUCUGCGGACUGUUACGACUCGAGGAGCAGCCCUUCCUUCAAAAGCCUGUCGAUCCAAGCCUAUUCAUCCAUCGGUUCGCAGACCGUUUGCAGUUCGGAAAGAAAAUGCAUGCGGUAGCCAAUUUCGCCUUGCGGCUGGUGGCCAGUAUGAAGCGUGAUUGGAUGCAGACAGGGCGACGGCCUAGCGGAAUUUGUGGGGCAGCAUUAUUCAUUGCUGCGCAUUGUCACGGUUUUGAGCGGUCAAAAACUGACGUUGUGAGUGUGGUGCACAUAUGCGAGGCAACUCUCAAGAAACGGUUGGUAGAGUUCGAGAGCACCGAAUCAGGAAGCUUGACUGCCGAAGAAUUCGACGUAAAAGCGCUUGAGAUGGAAGUACAGAUGAAGGCAGCAGUUGAAGCAGUCUCUGGCAGAAAUAGUAAAGUCUUGAAUGAGGUCAUGUGUGAACAUAAGGACAUGGGAGUGGAUCAUUUUUCUCACGGGCUCUGCCGAGCCUGCUACGAGGAGUUUGUCAGGGUAUCCGGGGGUAUGCAUGGUGGGUCUGCACCCCCUGCCUUCCAAAAAGCGGAGCUCGAGCGUUUAGAAGCUGUGAGACAAGAAUUGAAGUCUCAGGGUCUGGAUUCCGACGAAGAGGAUGAGUAUGGCAGACAACAAAGAGUCGGCCUUAUAUCAGGGAAAGGAGGAAAGCCUCCACUCAAUGCUUUAGCCGGAGAGAAAGCUGGACGUGGACGGGGAAGGGGAAGAGGUCGUAGCAGAGGAAGGGCUGUAUGGAGUAAAGAAAAUCGAUCCGAAGAUUCCAAUUUAGAAGUACCUUUAAGCGAGGAAUAUGACAGAGCACAGGCUAAUGCAGGUAGACGAGGUAGAGGAAGAGGGAGAGGUAAAAGGGUAGAAGGGAAGGAUAUCUCAACCAUUUGUAGUCACGAGGCCAUCGGGGUUGAAGUCCACACUAGAGAGGGAAGUAUGCCUAGUAGGGAAGAUAUCAAGGUGGUUGAAGACGUUGAAAAGGAAAAUGGUGUUCUUACACAGGAAAGUAAUAUAGUAUCUUGGUUUGAAGGUGAACUUGAAAGAAGUGAAGAGGGUCGCGUUGUUGAGAAGGUUAUAGAGGUAUCGAAAUCUGAAGCUCAAACGCAGGAAUCGCAGAAAGUAGUGGCAACUCUUGGAAAUCAAGGUGCUCUGCCAAACCAGAAGGAUCCUGCAGGAAGAGACCGAUACAACGACCAAGCAGACGUUCGAUCAGCCCUUGCAUCAGAAUCUGAGAUUAGUUCGCAGGGAGAAACCUUUGAAGCUAAAGGCACGGGAGAAGAUCCUGCUCACGCUUCAACUCACAUGAAAGUUAGUGGAGAUGAAGAUCUUCAUGAUGAAAAUCUUCAUGAUGGCAAGGCUGACAACGGUAUGGAUGAAGCUGAGACAAACGAGACACUUUCAGAUAUUGACGAUGAUGAGCUUGUAGGCUACUUACACAAUGACGAGGAAGUUCGACUGAAGACCAUCAUCUGGACUGAACUGAACAAAGACUAUCUGCAGGAGCAAGAGAUCAAGCAGGCUGCGAUGGCAGCCACUGAGGAGGCUCGUGCAGCCGCAAUUGCUGCUGCAGCAUCAAAUUCUGCAAGUGCAGUAGAGCUUGCUGCAGCAGCCGCUGCUGCGGUCGCUAAGAUGAAGAAGGAUCGCAAACAAAGGAGAGCAGAUGAAGCCAAGAGAGGGCCAGCUGCGUCUGCAGCUGAGGCAACCCAGAAAAUGCUUGAAAGCAAGAAGUUAAGCACAAAAGUGGACUACACCGUGCUAGCGAAAUUAUUUGAUGGGGAUGAAGCUGAGAAGCACGACAGCAGGAAGGGAGCAGCGAAGGACGAAGAUGGAGACAGUGAGGCUUUUAACAGGAGUAGCAAGAGAUCACGUUUUAGCAGUCAAAACGAUUUCAGUCAAGCCGAUUCUGUCAUCACACAAAUAAGUGCGAGGUCGCAACUGAGGGAGGUAGAUUCCAAAGGAGGUGACGUGGUUGACAUGAAUGAAGGAGAUGAAGGGGAGAUAGAUGAAGAGGAAGGGCUGGCUGAUGAUGGUGAGAUCGAGGGUAUUACGUAUGAGUAUGAUGAGGGCGAUGAGUACUACGACGAAGAGUAUUGAAGGUUCUUAUGGACGGCAAGGAUUUAGAUGUUUGUGAGAACUGUUCUUAGAUGAUUAUUAACGUACAUAUGUCAGGUACAGGUCAAGAGAAAUUCAAAUCUAAAAGGUACAGCUCCUCAGUAACACAUUCUUUUAGGGAGCUGUUGUAAAGCCAGAAUAGAAAAUUUUGACGGUUCAUGUCUGAAGACGACUGUAAAUAAUGCAAGUUCACGAGAGAGUUGUAUCUAUAGUGCAGUGUUUGUAAAGGCUUUUGAUAACAGACCCUGCGUCCUGGAUGGAGCUGCUGGAUGCAGACAUGGUUGAGAAGAAAGAGAAUUAGAUAUUUACGAAAUGAGAGGAUCCAAAACAUAAAUAUACCAAAGCUCAGUGGAUGGAGUUCCAUAACAGAUACGAGUCUCGUUUCAAGUCCUAGAACA